CUCGAGAGAACGCGUCUGAGGGGAAACACCCUUUUGAAGUUUAAAUUUUGCGUGCGGCGAGAUUUUUCUUAAGGGAUCUCUUGAGUUAGGUCCUGUCUCCCCACCCAUGUUUUGGAAACAAUGACGUUGGCCAAUCAACAGCACUUGUUCGGAAAGUUUGAGGAGUUGUUGUCAGCUCUGGGGACUGAGAGCAAGCCGGGACUAAGCAGUGAGUUUGUGGGCGCUCGGAGUUCAGUCAGUUUCAAGUGAGGGUUCUGUCAAUUUCAGGUGCAUUCCGGAAGGAGAUCGCCAUUCGCCUCUCACUACCUGUUGGGUGCGAGCAUGGGUUCCAGCGGUGGAUCAGAGCUACUUCUACCUCUCAGCGAGAGACUCCGUUUACCCAUAGAACAGGUAAAUUUUGCAAUGUGCCAACUGUUUGGAUUGUUCGCAGCUUUUUUAUUUCGUAACUACCUCCAUCCGAGCAAGACCAACCAUAUCAUCAGGCAUGUGGUAGCCACCCUCUUGGGUCUUCACUUUGCGUUCUUCUGCUUUGGCAGAUACACAGUUUACUUUGUGGGAGAAGUAAUUCUAUUGUAUUGCGUAAUGGUGACUGUGCACAUAAAACAAAUUCACAAGUACAGUUUCCUGAUAGCAAUGGCCUAUCUGACCAUGUGUCAGAUCAUCCGAGUUUAUUGGUUUGAUGGUGAAGAACGGUCUGCUGACUUCUCAGGGCCAUUGAUGGUGAUUACACAGAAAGUCACAAAGUUGGCAUUUGAACUUCAUGAUGGUCUGGCCCGAGACGAAAGUGAACUGAAUGCAUCUCAGAAACGGUUAGCGGUGAGGCGAAUACCAAGAAUCCUUGAGUAUUUGAGCUACAAUCUCAACUUCAUGGGCAUCCUUGCAGGACCUCUGAAUUCUUACAAUGAUUACAUCAGCUUCAUUGAGGGCAGAAACUUUGUUGGAAUGCACCAUCUUGCCAAAGAGAAGAAAAGCGACCGGUGCCCUCCAAAUGAACCUUCAUCUCUGGGUGCUGUGGGAUGCAAGAUCCUGAUCUGCAGUGUUUGUGUAUUUAUGCAUCUGUAUUUAUUACAUGUAUUUCCCAUCUCCUACAACACUGACAAUACCUUCAUUGCCACAGCAUCGAUCCCUGUACGUUUACUGUAUCUCUACAUUUCCACCCUGGCCUGCAGACCCAAGUAUUAUUUUGCUUGGACCAUAGCUGAUGCUGUCAAUAAUGCUGCAGGGUUUGGAUUCACUGGGUACGACAGUCGAGGUAAGCCUCGAUGGGACUUGUUCUCCAAUCUAAACAUCGUCAAGGUAGAGUUUGCAACAAGCAUGAAGAUGUUCAUUGACAAUUGGAACAUACAAACAGCUCUGUGGCUCAAAGAAGUCUGCUAUGAUAGAUGUCCAUUCAAUCCGACGUUGUCGACAUUCCUUCUAUCGGCAAUAUGGCAUGGAGUUUACCCUGGCUACUACUUCACCUUCAUCACUGGGACAUUCAUGACACUGGCAGCGAGAGCAGUUAGAAAUAAUUUGAGGCCUUACUUCCUCGUUUCACCAACUUGCAAGACAUUCUAUGACGUGAUGACAUGGGCAACAACGCAGGUGGUUGUGAGUUACACUGUGGUACCAUUUGUCCUUCCGUUUCUGAGCUCAUCACUCGAGUUUUACAGGACUUGGUACUUCAGUUUGCAUAUCAUCGCCGUUGUUCUAAUCUUGGUGUUGCCAAAAAAACCGAAGAGUACACCAAGGGAACCACAGAAAUUCCAAGUGACAAAGCAUUCGAUGAUAUUGCACCAUUGUAAUGGGCAACAGAACAGAAGAGUUCUUGUGGACAACAACCAAAACCAUCCGACAAGGAUUGACUAAUGGAGAAAGUUAGAACUUAAUAGGGGCAGAAGCAGAACAUUUGAUGAUGGGCUAUUUUACACAAAACAAGCAGCCAAAGAAGUUUUGUUUCUGAACGCCCUUCAUCUUUUUUGCAAUGCCAUAGAAAUCUCCUCCUGGAUUCCAUAUUAACCGAAGAAAGUGGAUUUUGUCAUGAAAAAUCAAGUGUGCAACAAUCAAACCUUUUGUGGGAGUAUUUUAAACCCCUGAUCCCAUGACAUGGGAGGGGAGGAUAAUUGAGGGGAGGAGGGGGAUGAAAUUACCUCAGUUGCAAACCCGAAUCCAACGGGUAGUUCUCACAUAUCAGUUCCUGUUUUAACUGCUGUCAAUAUCAGAGUUCCCAGGUGAGCCAUUCUCUCAUGACAAUAUUCAAAUAGGGCUCCCAGCCUGAUACUUUGGCAGUGAUUUGAAAUCAACACCUCCUAUAUGGUCUUCCCAAGAUUUGGGAAACACAGUAGCUUAAAGGAGGCAAGAGCGGUUGAAUUCAGGAGGGACCAGCUAUGAAGUAGGGGGAAAGGAAUUGUUUGCCAUUACAUCUUGUUUUCUCACCAGGAGCUGGUCGAUUUCAUGAGUAUGCUUCCCUACUCACUCACUAUCUCCCUAUACGUAUCAAGACCCAUGAUUCUCCUGGAUCCUUGAUUAUAAUAUCUAAGUGCUUUACUAGCAUUCCACUGCCCUCCUGGAAAAACUAUACACCUCAGGUUACACCUUAAAUAAGUAUCCAUCUAAAACUUUAAAAUAUAGUACUGCUUUGCCUUGCACAUCCUUCAUCAAGGGUACAAAAGCAAGGAAGAUAUACUAAAAGUUUAUAAAGCACUAGUUCAGACCCUACUGGAGUAUUGUGUCCUGUUCUGAGCACAACCUUUUGGGUAAAAUGUAGUCCUAGAGAAGUUUCUUUGCUCAAAGAAUGUGGAACUCACUAACUCAGGGAGUGAGUAAGGCAGAUAAAAUAACUAAAUUGUAGGAGAAUCUUAACUUUAUGAAGGACAAAGAAAUAGGAGGACAAAUUAGUUGAGGUCACAGGGUUGGAUGAAGUAAUAUGGAGUGAAGCUUGUUUGCCAGAGUGUAAAACUGGGUCGGGGUCCUGGAGGUGUUGAAUAGACUGAGUGGAAAUGGUUGUGAAAUUUUGCAUUUUCAGGAGAGGUGUAGAAAUUGUGUUUUUUCUGUUUCAAGCAGAGAACAUUGAAGGAAGAUUUAAUUCAAGUGUAUAACCGUCAUUGGGAGUUUUGGCAGAGCAAAUAGGGAGAAGUUGGCAGGGAAGUCAGUGACUAGGGUUGUAGAAUUUAAGUAAUUAACUACAGAACCAGAGAAGUGUCAGGAUUUAAAAAAGGCUUGAAGAUUUGUAAUGAUUUGAUAAUGAUUGUAAUGAUUCAGGAAAGUAUUUCCUGAAAAGAUUCCUCUAUUACUAUCUGCUACUAUUGAAACAGAUUGAAUAGUAACUUUCAGUAGAGGCUUAAAUAUCUAAUUAAAGGGGAUAAAAUUUGCAAGGCCAUUGGGAAAGGGACUGGAGCUGAAAUUAAUUGGAUAGCUCUUUCAAAGAGCUUGCACCAGCAUAAUGGGCUGAAUGGCCACCUCUUGUUCUGUAAGAUCCCAUAAUUUUAUGAGUCAAUCACUUGGAGAUGAUUUUCUUUUGGAGAGGAGUAUGGAGGUGGACAUAGAGAAGGUGGUUGAGAAGAGACAGAGAUUCACACUUGAACAUAUACCAAUACCACUGUCCGGCCGUGAACAAACUGCUAAAUGGCAGUGAUAGCUGCCCCUUAAAAGGGCUUAAGAUGUUCCAGGAACAGCCAAUAUCAUCAAUCACUCUCUUUGGGUUACUGGACAUGCAAUUGAAAUGCAAAGCGAACCCUACAAGCUACACUCCAUAUUACUUCAUGUAACCCUGUGACCUCAACUAAUUUGUCCUCCUAUUUCUUUGUCCUUCAUAAACUUGAGAUUCUCCUACAAUUAGUUAUUUUAUCUGCCUUACUCACUUCCUGCAUUAGUGAGUUCCACAUUCUCUGAGUAAAGAAAUUUCUCUAGGACUCCAUUUAGCUUUGGACUAGCUCACAAGUCCAAAUUAUCAUCUAUGCUUACCCCUAAUCAAAGCCCUUCACAAUUUUAAAGACCUCUAUGAGGUCAUCUGCAUGUCUUCUCUUUUUAGGAGUAAAGAGCCCAGUCUAUUAAAUGAUGGAAGGUAUGUCCUUGGACAUAUCUUCAUACAAGAGUAUUUUACGAUUUUCUAUGACUGUAUUUUAUCUGUGAACCUACCCUUAAAUAUUAGGUAGUUCAGCUUUGUGCAUGCAGUUUCCUUUCUAUUAAACUACCAGUCAGAAUGAUUGGCAUGGUUUCUUAAGUUUGGGUUAGAUAGGAGUGGGAAUAGGAUAGAACUAAAUGGAAAUCAUUGCUCCUACGUUAUCUUUGAUUGGGUAGAAGGACUGCAUUAUGUCACAAGACUUUUCUACCAUUUGCAGUAAAACUAGACAAUUAAUGAUAGAUUUUUAACUGGAUAGGAUAAAUAAUGUCUAAAUCACAUAGCAACUGUUGUGAGAAGAGCAUGUUGAGUGACUGCUUUUACAUUCACACCUUUAGACUAAUUGUCAACUAAUAGAUCAUGUUUGAUAGCAGUAUUAAUAAGGACUGUGAAUAUGUGACAUGUGUUGGAGAUACUUAGCACUACCAUCACUCUGCGCGACAUUGCCUUCUACUUUCUCAUGAUAUGCACAGGAACCUGAGUAUACUGACUGAUAGGGUACAGGCUUGUUCUUGCAUUCAUUUCCAGUUGGGAGCUCAACUCUCCGACAUGACAAUGCAGAUCAGAGCUUGGACUCUAUUUGUCAACCGUAACUGUGAAGGCCAUUCCCACCCCCACCCUGGCAUCUCUUUUGUUUUGAAUUCACUGUAAAGUAAUGUCUCUUGUGUCAAAGUUUCCAACUUUAGCCUGUGUCUAUAUCAGUUCAUUCACACUAGUUAAAGUUUAAGGUCUGGUUUAAGUGCCUACACCCAAAGUCCAUAUGAAGUUAAUGUGGAAAUACAAAAUAACUGAGGAUGACAACUCAUGGGCAUUAUUGAAAGGAAUGGAUGAUGAGGCACUUUGAACUCAGAUGUUCCUUUCAAAAUGACAGUGUUAACCUUUACAUCAGCCUUAGUCUGAUUUGCUCUUGCUGGUGCAAAUUAGCAUCAAUUGCAUUUACAACAGUUUUCUAGAGAUCAUUUGCAAUUCAUUUCUCUUGAAAUGAAGGAGCAUUUUUCAAACCAAAUUAUUUUGGUGACCAUAUGCAGAACCAGGACAAAGGAAAUCCUGCAGAUAUGUCACAGUGAAGGCAAUGAUCCAACGAUGUAAUUUAAAGGGCUGAAACAUUUUCCUCAUGCCUCAUUGUGAGCUCCCAAUCUUCUAACCAUUUGGCAGGUGAUGAUGUUCAUUUAAAGAGGAAACACAGUUGAACUCCUUCAUCUCACGAUAGUACAGCUGUUACGCUUUUUGUAUAGAUUCACUGUGGCUAGCUGGCAAAUUUUUCCAUCUUGCAAAUUCUGGAAAAAUGAUUCCUUAACUUGCAAAUGAGUCAAUGAAGGAUUCUGGGUAACAUGUCUAUUACUCGUUUAUGUCCUGACUAAUCUCACAGAAGUGAUUUGCUGCUUUGAGUUAUGUUACAAAGUAAAUUUGAAAGUCAAAUCUGAAGACCCAUUGGAAUAUUUUACAGUAUGUUACUGUAUUGUGUUCAUUCUUAAGAAAAACUAAAAGUUUUACAUCUCACA